AUGGCUCAGCCAGAGGUCACACAGCAGACUGACAGCUCAAAGGCACAUUGGCAGGACGUGGAGGUGGACGUCCUGCUUCACCACCUGAUUGAGAAUCGGGCAUCAGGUGGUGAUGGCGGAAAUUUCUCAAUGCCUACCUACAACAGUGCAGCAGCUGCUAUCAACGCCAAUGGUACGAUUCAGACAAUAGGCCCACCGAAGACGGGCAAGAUGGUCAAGACGAAGUGGACCUCGCUCAAAAAAAUAUUCAAUCAAAUUGAGGUUUACCGCAACGUGUCUGGCUGCCAUUGGGACAAUGUGCGGGGAGCUGGAAUUGAGGGCACUGCUGCUGCAAGUGUUUGGGAUACAUAUGUUGCAGCAAGGGCCAUCUUAGGCGAGAACAGCGGUGCUCGUGGAAGGCACACAUUCCACCCCGCUACUACAGCCCCUGCCUCCAUCAGUAUCGAUGAUGUGCUCGAUGACGCUGACGGGGGCCUCAACCUUCUCGACAUGGAUGUGGACCCCGUUGUGCCAGACAUGAGCACUGACCUGAUGAUGCCACUCAACAUCGGAGCCUCCACUACUACUGGCUCCCAGUCCAUAUCUGUAUUGUACAUCCUAUAUAACAUCAUGAUGAGUACGCGGGUGCGAUUGAGUGCGAUUGAGCGUGAGUAUGAGAGUGAGAAGGAACUUGUGGGACUGGGAACGAUGUAUGAGAGUGAGAAGGAACUUGCAGGACCGGGAACGGAUCAGGAUAAGUAUGAGAGUGAGAAGGAACUUGUGGGACCGGGAACAGUGUAUGAGAGUGAGAAGGAACUUGCGGGACUGGGAAUGAUGUAUGAGAGUGAGAAGGAACUUGCAGGACCGGGAACGGAUCAGGAGUAG